UGUGAUUCUUGUAAGAAAAGCAAAAAAACAUAAACAACGGUCAAAGAUAACAGACAGACCGCUCAGUCAUCACCGUAUUCAAUUCAAUACUCAGUAUUCAGUACUCAAUAGGAACCUUUUUGAUCGGAACGUAGACUCGACGGAACUUUUGUCCGAUCCUUAUUUUGCGUCCGAGUGGAAACCGUUUUUAUGACCAUGUUGGGACUGAUAACGCGCUCUAAGCCGACUCGUUAUGUUAAAUUAUUUUUCCGCGCAUUUAAGCAGACAAAUAGACACCGGUGCAUCUCAAACAGCCGCCGGUCAGAUGAGUGUAUCCGGAGUUUUAUAGCAGAAAACACAGAGACAGCUGGAGAGCACAGUCUGACUCCGGAGAUCAAACUGAGACUCUUCACCCCAAACUGCAGGUUUUGGCGAGAAAGACCAGAGCUCUGGCCUUUUGAUGACCCAUACUGGGCCAUUUACUGGCCAGGAGGACAGGCACUCUCAAGGUUUCUUUUGGACAACCCUGGGAUGUGUCUGGGUAAGACUGUCCUGGAUCUGGGGAGCGGCUGUGGAGCCUCAGCCAUCGCUGCAAAGCUGUGUGGUGCUGCUCGUGUUGUUGCUAAUGACAUUGAUCCUGUUGCAGCUGUUGCGACCCACAUGAACUGCGAGCUGAACGGCCUGGAGCCGCUUGAUUGUGUGACUGACAACAUGAUCGGCUCUGAACCCGAGGGCUUUGACCUGAUCCUCCUGGGUGACAUGUUCUAUGACGAGGCCCUGGCCACCAGCCUUCACAGCUGGCUCGACAGCUGCAUCAGAACCCACGGCACCAAGGUGCUGAUUGGAGAUCCUGGGAGAGCCCAUUUCGAGGAACACGGCAUCCGACGGCUCCUGUGUCAGCUGGCUCAGUUUGAACUUCCUGCAACUGUCAGAGAGGAGAACUACGGUCUGACCUGCAGCAGCGUUUGGUCCUACCAUCCUGAGCUCUGAGGACUAAAUAGGAUCUCCUCCUCCACUGUCUUUAAUGUAAGUAAUGUAUUUAAAAAAAUAAUGUAAAAAAAAAAAUCUGCACACAGAACUUAACUUUUUCUGUUUCUUAAAUUUUAUCUAUUUAACUAAAGCAAUUGAUUUUGUAACAGUGUCCAAAGUCACCAGUGUUCAAACAUGUAAUUAUGAAAUAAAGAAUCAC